CCCGAGCGGCGAUGCCGAGAUGCGCAGCGGGGAGGAGGAGGCCGACGAGGACGAGGAAGGCGACGACAGAGGGGAGGAGUCGCAGCAGGUGCCGAAUGCAACAGGUAUGGCAUGCCAAGUGGUGCUUUGGACCCAGGACCCAGCCCCAGCCUCGGGAGGACUCCCAAAAUGGCAGCUUCCUCAGCAGCGACCCUAGGACAACUGUCAUGACUGUGCCCCGCUUGGACAUCAGGUCCAGAUGGACACAAUAAGCUUACCGGAGAGUUUGUGGUCCCAGCUAGUUGAGAUGCUGAGCAAGGACCCUCAGUGGCUGAUUGAGAAGGCCCAGUCCCUUCUGCCCGCCGUGGACCUGCAGAGUCUGAGGUCUCAGGCGAAGAACUUGGCCGCCACCCAGGUGGUCCCCGGCCUUCUCCGCCUGCUCUGGACCCACAACCUCACCACCUGGAGGAUGUUCAUCCAGACCCUCUGCAUGGAGCUGACGUUGCCUUUGGAGCUGGAGACCACGCUUUUGAGCGUGUGGGGUCAAGGAGGCCCUGGCCAGAAACGAGACGAAGGGGAUGAAAACCACGUUGAGGCUCCUCACUCUCUCUCUCAACUAGCUGUUCACCAGCGGCCUCAUUUGGGGGGUGUUUCUCCACAGAGGAAACGGUUCCGGUGUCAGCAGCUAGAACUGGCCAGGAACUACCAGAGACUCCUGAAGGCCUCAGUCCUGCAGCGCUACAGCAGUGAGGCAGCCAUCCCGCCCGGGCCGUGGCGAGACAACACCUCUGGCCAGGUCUACGUCGACCUGGUCAUCCGACGGAAUAAGCCCGCCUGGCUCAGGGAGAGGCUGGAGAGGUCCCGGGACGAGGCCUCUGAGACUGAAGAUGGGGCCGACGUGGGGGUCUCCGGCAUGUUCGAGGCUGGGAACGGCCCGCGCACUAGGGUGAUCGUCCUGCUGGGAAAGCCGGGCACGGGGAAAACAACGCUGAUGCGCUGGAUCUGCCAGAAGUGGGCCAGGGGUGAACUGGGCCAGUUCCAGUCAGUCUUCCUCUUCGAGUUCCGACAGCUGAACCUGGUGGGCGAGAAUCUGACACUCCAACAACUUCUCUUUGACCUGUUCCAGCCCCCCAGGGCCCAGCCACAGCUCAUCUUCCAAGAUCUAGAGGAGAAUGCCAGCAGGGUCCUGCUCAUCUUUGAUGGCCUGGAUGAGUUUCUGGGCCCCUGGCCCGAGGGCUCCUCCCAGCCCCGUGAGAAGCCAGCUCCCAACCCCUCCGCCCCGGCCUCCGUCCUCGAUCUCUUCUCCGGCCUGUGCUGUGGGACGCUCCUGCCCGGCUGCUGUGUGAUGGUCACCUCUCGGCCUGGAAGGCUCCCCGACUUCCUGCUCAACACGGUGACCGCUUCCUAUGAGGUCUGGGGCUUCGACUGGCCCAGGGUGAAGGAGUUUACCAGCCACUUUUUCCUGGCUCCGGAGGAACGCUGUCAGGCCCUGAGGGUGCUGGAGGGGGACCGCAAGCUGCAGAUCAUGUGCUCGGUGCCUGCCGUCUGCCGGGUCAUCUGCAUCUGUCUGGCCCACCUCCCUCCGGACCAGCCGUCCACCCCUCUGCCCCCGAGAGUCACCCAGCUAUACGUCCAGCUGUUCCGCAUCAUCCUGGGCCAGCAGCCGUCCCCCAAGCAUGGCGGGGCCAGCCUGGGCAAGCCCCAGCCGGCCCUCUUGGGCCUCUGCAAGCUGGCCCUGAAGGGCCUGGAGGAGCGAAAGGUGGUUUUCUCUGCGGAAGACGUCUCGGAGCCCGUGAGGACCUUGGCCUUGAGGCACCACCUGCUCAUCUCCUUUGAGGUGAGGGCCGGGCCCCGGAGGCAGGAGACUGUCUUUGCCUUCCCCCACCUCGGCCUGCAGGAGUUCUGCGCCGCCUUGCAUUUCCUGGUCAGCCCCUCGGUGGACAGGGGCUCUCUCAAGAAGAAGUUCCCCCUCAAGUCCAAGUGGUCUGUGAGGACCGAGUCCAAGAUGGGCCUCCUGGACCACUUCCACAUCUUCCUGUCAGGCCUCUCUUCCCCGGCCUGCCGAGGAUUUCUGGCCCAGUUGGCCCGGCGGAAGGAGGCCUGGGUUCAGGACAAGCAGCUGGUCGUCCUGGAGUUCCUGCUGAAGCUGGCCACCACCAGCUUGACGGGGCCCAAGGUGAUGGAGCUGUGCCACUGCGUGGGCGAGACGCAGGACCCGGAACUGGCCGAGCGCGUGGGCCGCCACCUUCACCACAAGUAUGGCUUCCGCAACUUCCGCCUGACCCACUUGGACCUGAUGGCUCUGGCCUUGCUGGUGGACUGCGGGACCACCCCCAUCCACCUGGACUUCGCAGGCUGCCCCGUGGAGCCGGACUGCCUGGAGUCCCUGGCCAAAUGCCGGAACAUCGGGAGUCUCAGCUUCAGAAGCAGGAAAUGCGGAGAUGCCUUUGCGGAAGCCCUCGCCAGGAGCUUGCCAGGGAUGGAGAGUCUGAAGAAAGUGGGGUUAAUUGGAAGCAAAAUCACUGCUCAAGGUGUGGAUCACCUGAUGCAAGCUUUUACAAACUGUCUUCAGCUGGAAGAGAUUAAUUUGCAGGACAAUAAGCUGAGGGAUCUUGAAGUUUUGAAGAUCACAGAAGUAUUUUCUGGAGUGAAAAAAUUACAGAAGAUUGAUUUAAGCCACAACGAGAUUUCAGUGAAGGCCAUCCUUGCCUUGGCCAAGAUGGCCGUGACCUCUCCGAAAGUCAGAGAGCUGCAGAUCAGGCAGGAGGAGAUAGUGAUCCUCUUCUCGGUCCCCCCUGGAAGGAUUGCAGAGGCACCAGGAUCUCUGGAUUUGAAGAGAAACGAAGAUAAAAAUGAAACUGCUCCUCAAACUAAAAAACUGACACUAAGGUUGCAGCAGUGUAAGCUCGGUGUCCAGCACGCAGAGGCGAUCGCAGGGCUGCUCAGAGAAAGUUCCUGCCUGGAGGAAGUCGAUUUGUCAGGCAACCACCUGGAAGACAACGGCUGCCGCGAGCUGAUGAAGGUCUUGCCCUAUGUGACCAUCACCCGGAAGUUCAAUAUCAGUGACAACGGGUUGACCACGGAAGGUGUUUGCUGCUUGCUAAAUACUGUGACUGCCUGCAGCAACGUGGUGGAGGUGGAAGCCUGCCUUCAGCUUAAAACCACCAUCCUCACGUUUGCUGGAAGCUACGAAGCGGAACUUGCUCUUCCCAGGGCUGCAAUUCCUCUGAGCCAACCAUCCAUACUAACCCAAGACCCACUGGCUGGGAUCUCCAGAACAAUAAGGAUGACCGGCUGGGACUUCAGCCCCAGGAAUCUGCAGCAGCUGGAGCAGGUGCUGAGCAAAGACAACCACUUCACCGACCUCGACUUAUCUGAUAAUUCACUUGGGGACAAAGGCAUCCAGAUGUUGGUUCUGCUUCUCCCGGGCUUGCGUACACUGAAGACUCUAAACCUGAGUGGGAACAACGGGUCACUGGAAAUCGCAUUCUACUUGGCUCAGGCCUUCUCCACUUUGGAACAAAUUGCAGGGAUGGACAUUGGGUUAGGGAGCCAACAGUCCAUCCUGGUGACACUCCGCGGCAGGACCAGGCUUACACAGGACACAGGAUCUUUGGAGAGAACAACCACUCACCUGCAGUCUUCUCUUGGGGAGCAGGGGUUCUCUAGGAGUUUUUGUCUCAGGGAGUGUGCGUUGGAACCUGCAAGCAUGCAGAGGCUGUGCCAGGCUCUGGAGAAAUGCUCAGGAUCGAUGGAUGUUAGGUUUUCCUGCAACGCCCUGAGCGAUCAAAGCAUAGAAGUGCUGCUUCACUAUCUACCCCGUCUUCAGAGCCUGCAACAUCUGCAGAUCGAUGAGACCUCAUUGUCGCCAAACUGCCCCUUCCUGUUGGCCAAAUCCCUCAGCCUGUGCAGGCGAAUCCAGAAACUGGAGGUCAGGUCAGGAACAUGGGCUUCGAUGUCCUUUGCCACGGGCGAGAAGGGAGGAGAGAAGUCCUGCAGGCUGACUGACUGCGGCCUCGACCAGGAACAUGUGGAGCUCCUGUUUCAAACCCUGCGGCUCUGCAAGCACCUCAGUCAACUAGAUCUCUCUGGGAAUCAACUUGGCGAUGAAGGGAUCAGGUGCCUUCUGGAGCAUUUGCCGCAAAUGGACAUUUCCGGUUCCCUCAACUUGAGUCACAACCACCUAUCUCAGGAGGGGAUUUUGCACCUGGUCCGUUCCCUCUCUACCUGCAGCCGGGCCAGCCAAGUUCGUGUGAGCCUGGGUCCUGAGGAAGAAGUCCUGAUCCAGUUCACCAGGAAGACUAGCCCCUGGAAGACUCUGAGGCUCUCAAAGUGUGACUUGCAGCUGGAGCACCUUUCCGGCCUGGCGGCUCUGGUGGGGCAGUCCCCAUUCCAGAUGGAACUCCUAUUGACCGAUAGCAAUGUGUCCCUCCUGGAUCUGAAGCACUUCCUGAGGGCAGUGAGGAAGCCUUCAGGGAUGCUGAGAAUCAGUGUGGAAGAACAGUGGGUGCUCAAAGAGGACAUUGCCACCCUGCUGGAGAUGAGCAUCCAGGCUGCGGGGAGCCUCACGGAGAUAACGAUUUUGAAAUUCCAGGCACUCCUUCGUGUCGGGGAAGAAUUUCCCCAGUACACAGAAAAUCCGGAGCCUGAGGCUGCCAGGGUGGCUCAGUUUGGCCCUGAAAGCGGGCAGACAUCCCUCAUCAGGCGGAUCAUCGAGAAAUGCACCAGGCUAAGGGAGCUCAACUGGUCUCAUGUCGUUCUCAAUGACGAUGCCUCCCAGAUAUUGAAGAGUGUGCUGCCUUCUCUCUCCAUACUGAAAACAUUCAGGUUGACAUCCAGCCCCAUCUUCCCCAGAGGCAUAGAGCAUCUGGCAGCUGGGCUGAGCUGCUGCCACGGCCUGCAGGAGUUGGACCUCAGCAACCUGAAACUGGAUGACCCUGAAGUCCAGAUCCUGACCCAAGGACUCCACCAAAUGUCCCUCCUGCAGAGGCUCACCCUGAGCAACUGUGGCGUCAGCAGGGAUGGCUGCUUCCACCUGUCAGAUGCUCUCAGGAAAACCUCCAACCUGGAAGACCUGAAUUUAAGCCUCAACGAGAUAGACAGUGCCGGGGUGCAGCACUUAGCCGCAGUCCUGCCUGGAAUGCUCCACCUCCGGAGGCUUGACCUGUCAGAGAACUGCCUCGGCCCCUCGGGUGGAGUGGAGCUGGCUCGGGCGUUGGUGUUCUGCAGGAAGAUGGAAGAGUACCGAUUAGGGAAAAACGCCAUGGAAGAUAUAACGGCCGUGGAGUUGUCCAAGACUCUCCCCAGUUACUUAAAGAUCCUUAACCUGCAGUCCAACAACAUAGGGCCGGAGGGGCUGGCUAGCCUGGCGCUGACCCUCGCUAGAUGUCGGCAGGUGGAGGAGAUCAGCUUAGCGGAAAACACUUUCGGCGACGUGAUCCCUCUGCUCUUCUCAAAGCUCUCUGGCCUCCCCAAGCUCAGGAAAAUCGACCUCAAAUGCUGUGGGAUCAGAGACCAAGAAGCCAAGUCUCUCGCUCUUAGCUUCGGCUCCUGCCCUGCCAUGGAAGAAAUCUUGUUAUCCUGGAACUGCUUGGGGGAUGAAGGGGCCACUGAGCUGGCCCAGGUCCUGCCGCAGAUGACAAAGCUGAGGAAGUUGGAUCUGGAGAGUAAUCAGAUCACCGUGCAGGGAGCCCGGCAGCUGGUAGAAGGGCUGGCACAAGGACCCGGUAUCCAAGUCGUACGCCUAUGGAAAAAUCGGAUCCCUAAGGAUGUAGCCAGUCAACUCCAAGAGCAGGACUCCCGGCUGGACUUCUCCUCCUUCCCUCAGCAGUAGCCAAACCGAGGCAACGGAGGACGUGGCUGCCUUCGGGUCUCUUCUCUCGUGCAAUGUGCUCGCUGCCAGGACGAAGAGAGCCACCACACGGGAGGAUCUGACUCUGGGUGGUUGGUAUUCCCUGGACGGCCAAAAGGAUCCCCCUGGCUCCCGGGGCUCUGAGAGUAGCAGCAUCUGGGCCACGGGGAGAACCCAGCGUCUCGCCAGGACCUGUUUAAGGCGGUGGAGGAUCUCGGGCGGGGAAGCCAGCGGGUCGCUAGCCUUCCCCGCCCCCACACUCCUGGUGCUUUCUUUUGGUGGCGGUCGUGCUGUGGCCUGCUCAGUCGGGGAGCCGGCUGAACGUCCUCGCUGCCCCCCUGGCAGAGGGCCCGGGACACCUGCUCAUUGGCUCAGUGGUUACAGCCACCCUCGUCCUCCCGGGGACGCCACAUAGGCCCUUCUCUUGGGGCCUGACCGAUGCGGUGGGGCUUAGGCUUGACCUAGGCAAACGCGGGGGAGAUGCUGGCCUACUUCCAGGUUCGUAGGAACCUGGAUUCCUUGCACCUUAAUUUACGGUUUUUUAUCGCUUGGGAAAUAAUUUGUGAAAGAUUUUAUUUAUAUCCUUGUUUACAGUGGCAUUUGGGUGGCUGGCACCCCCCACUGCUGACUUCUGUUAAUUCCACUUACUCCCUCUUCCAGUUCCCCCAGACCAGGCUGGGCCCCUACCUCAGACAGACCUGGGGGCGUGCCAAUUCUUGCACCGUAACCUUGGGCUCAGUCGUCGGAGACCUGCCACAAGGCUGAGACGGUGACCUUGCUGCUAACAGCGGCGCCCCCAGGCAUCAGCAAACACUGUUCCCCGGUUCAACGGGGCAUCUGAGCCCGAGGCGGUCCAGGGUACCGGUCUGGGGUCGGGGUAGGUGACCCUCCCCCCCCAACAACUGGCAGCCUCCCCCCGGCCCCAUUCCGAGUCUUGCUCCUUGCUUGACAGGUCAGACUCAGAAGUACAUCUCAGGGAGCGCCUGAAUCAUGAAGGGGCGGGGGUGACCGAGAAUGACUGGUCCCUGGAGAGGGUCAGGGAGAGGCCCCUGAGGGAGACAAGGGGAUCCAGAGCUGCUGAGCAAGAGCAGAUAAGCCCCGGGGACUACAGCCACCCUGCUGGGCUCCAAACGAAUAAAAGAAAAAUUUGGUGACUGUGA